CGCCAUCGCUCGCGCAAGCGCUUAUAACGUUGCAUUUGUAAAAUAAUUCUCGUCAAAUACAAAAGUAAUUUCGAAAUCGUGUUAUGUAAACUCGACCUUUAAUGUACCACGCUUAGAAAUUCACUGAACCGCAGCGUUCGGUCGGUCGAGGUCUUCCGAGUGAAGUUUUAUUUGAUUGUGAAUAAAAAAAAUAUCGCGAAUUCUUUUAGUUAUUGGAAUUGUGUGCUUUAUAUCUAUGGAAUAUAAGGUGCGGAUUACUUUAAAGACGACGAAACAGGUGUGCAAGUGACGCUUCUUAUCAACAUUUCAACUCCUUUCGAAUAAGGUUCUUAGUUAUAAACAUGACGAUUCGCAGCAUGACAGUUACUGAGGCGAGAGAUGCGACUCGAAAACAUUGCUGUGCAAGGCCUUACAAAACGAAGACCAAGUUGACAAUUGCGGGGCUCGUCGUCCUCGUUAUUUCAUCAGGACUGGCCGGCUACUUCAUAGGAGGUGCAGACUACAAGGCGGCACACCGUUUGGCGAAUCCGCCGGACCCUAUAGAACCAUUGAAACCUUCAGCAUCAACUUUACACGUGUUUCAAAAAGCGGCCGUUUGCACGGACUCGCCGCAAUGCUCACAGAUCGGCAGAGAAAUACUGCUGAAGAAUGGUUCGGCAGUGGAUGCAGCGAUCGCCGCCAUGUUCUGCAACAGUCUUCGGAAUCAGCAGAGCAUGGGGCUGGGGGGUGGAUUCUUCAUGACCGUUUAUAUUAAAGAAGAGGAGAAGGCGUACACCGUGAUAGCCAGGGAGAAGGCUCCUGCCGCCGCUACUGUUGACAUGUUCAACGGAGACUUCACAAAGGCUUCUAAAGGUCCGCUAGCCGUUGGAGUUCCCGGGGAGCUACGUGGUAUGUGGGCAGCACACAGGCGCUGGGGCAAACUACCCUGGGACAGUUUAAUCGAGCCAACCCUGCAGAUAUGCAACGAGGGCUUCCCACUUUCCAAACCCAUGUACGACGCCUUGGACAAAGCACGAGCCUACGUGAAGAAUGAUGUCAAUUUGGCGAAAAUGUACUACAGUUCUUCAAUGGAGAGGUUUCAUAGACCAGGAACAAUCGUGAAGCCAAGUGAAGCCCUUUGCAAUACGUUCAAGAGGAUAGCCAAGAACGGCGGAGACGACCUGUACAACGGCACUUUGGCUGAAGACUUCGUGGAAGACCUGAAAAGGAUCGGAAGUAUUAUCACCGCUGAAGACAUGAGAAAUUAUGAAGCUAAAAUAACAGAGCCCAUGACAGUGCCUCUGGGCAACGGUGAUACUCUAUACACCCCACCGCCGCCCAGCAGUGGGCUUAUUCUCGUGAAUAUACUUAACAUCUUGAGUGGGUACGGCUUCAAUGCGGCCAGCAUCAAUAGCACUGAAAACAUGAUACUCACUUAUCAUAGAAUAAUAGAAUCAUUUAAAUACGCGUACGCGACCCGCACUAAAUUGGGCGAUAUGGAGUUCCUGGAUUUGGAAGAGUUAAUAAAUAACGUUACCAAACCGGAGUAUGGUGCGGAAAUCCGUAUGAAAAUCAACGACUCAUCGACAAGUAACGAUACUGCAACGUACGGAGCUGAAGAUUAUAAUCCUCCCGAUUCUGGGACCGCUCACAUAUCUAUCAUAGGGACAAAUGGGGACGCUGUUUCCGUAACCAGUUCCAUCAACUUUUACUACGGUGCUGGCUUUUCGACCCUCAACACCGGCAUUGUGAUGAACAACGUAAUGGACGACUUCUCAUCACCUGGAAUCAUUAAUUAUUUCGGCUUAAAGCCUUCGCCCGCUAACUUUAUAGCGCCAGGCAAAAGACCGUUGUCUUCAAUGAGUCCAAGCAUUAUUGUAGAUAAGAAUGGAAAUGCGAAGAUGGUGAUCGGUGCCUCCGGAGGAACCAAAAUCACAACGGGUAUUGCUUUGGUGACAAUGGGCAAGCUAUGGUUCGGUCAGACAAUCAAAGAAGCCGUCGAUAGCCCCCGAAUACACCACCAAUUGUUUCCUAUGAACAUCGAAUAUGAGUACGGAAUUAUUGAGGACGUAGUGAAAGGACUAAGGGAGAAAGGUCACGGCAUGAUUCGGUACAGAGAUAGGGGGUCAGUGAUAUGUGCCCUCUUUAGAAACAAAACGGGGAUUUACGCAAACGCUGACUUCAGGAAAGGAGGGGACGUCGCCGGUAUGGACUGAACGAAGUAUUUAUAAUUCUAAUAUUUAAUGACUUUAUAAAUUGUGAUUUAGAAAAAAAAACUCGUGUCACAACGACCGCGUAACUCUAUAUUACAAUUCUGUUUCUUCAUUUAACAAGAAAAAUAAAGAAGUGUAAAUGUCAAAUCGUUUUGACGUUUGAUGCAUGCAUGACGUUUGAUGCAAGCAGGAUGAUGUAUGUAUGAGUUGAGCCAUAGAUUAUACACUUAAUUUAAUCGAGAAGUUGAGCUAUUAUGAGUAGAUCUUUGUCAAACUAUUAUUUGAUUAAUGUUGCGUUUAUAUUUUUUGAUUUGGCACUCAUGCUGCUAUAAUUCAAUGUUUUAAGUGUAAAAAAAUAAAUAAAAAAUAAAUCACAAACAUUUCAUUUUUUAUAGUGUAUAAUUUUGUUCAAUAAAUGCCUGUUAUAUCAUUUUACACAAAUCAUUAAAUCAUUUCAUGUUUCUACAUAAGUAUGUAUAAAAUAAAAAUACAUUGAAUAUCAAACGUAUAAGUGGAAUUUACAUACAAGUCUAUUUUGGGCUCUGUAAUUAUAUAGUAGAGUAAAUAAGAAAAAUCAUUAAAUUAAAAUAAAAACAAUAAAAUUGUACAUAUAUUAUUAGAAAACCCGUUGGCGGUUUCACUCAUAAUACAAAAUUGCUUCAUUAUUUUUUACAGCAAUUAAUAGUUAUUAAUCAUUUUAAUAAAUAUUACGAUGCUGUAUUGUGAAUUUCUUUAACUGUUAAAUUACGCUUAUCUUAAUAAUUGGAACUUAAAAAAUAUUAUGUCGAAGAAAGGUAUAGAACUGAUUGUAACUCGUGAUAAUAAGGGAGGAAUGGAACUGUGUUAUAGACUAUUGUUAGACUUUUAUAACGUUAUUUAAUUUAAAUAAUUAUAAAUGUAGUUUGUAUAAAUUCGUUUGUUAAAUGAUUUUAUUUACUAAAACGCACAGUAUAUAUACUUCUAUAUAUAAAAUUAUUUCUAUAAUCAAGUAGAUUCAAAUUACGUUGUCUACAUCACUAUAGCUUGCAUAAUUAAUUUUUAACAACGUAACUAAAUAACUGUAGAUAAUAAAAAAGUUAUUUCGUAAUUUGAAAUUUGAUUGUAUGCAGUAUUUAAUGAGUGAUGUUUGUGGACUAUAGUUUUCAAUGGAUUAAAAUUAAUUCAGUAUUGUUAUAAUAUAUUACAAUUAAGCUAGUCUGUUUUAUGUAAUAAUAUGUAUGAGAUCUGCUAAAGCGAUCGAAUUAUCUCAUUUUCGUCUGCAUUCGUCAUAAUCCUAUAAACAACCAGUCUGGUUUUUUUUUCAGUAUAAGUAAAAUUAAAACGAUUUUUGUAGUAAAAAAAAUAAAAGUUCUUGAAUAUUUAUGCACUUUAUUAUUUCUGAACAAAAUUAACAUACAUAACAUCCAGUUCAUACAUCACUAAUUACAAUUUGUCUUGCAUUGUAAUUGCAUUGCAACAUUUUCAAUAUAUAUAUAUUAUAAAUUCUUAACUUAUUGACUAGUUACGGCGUGUUUAGCCUAAUUUUAACAAUUUCGUCUAGUAUUACGAAAAUUUUGAGUUGCACGUACCUACGCAAUUUUCUAAUACAAAUCAUUUGUAUUUAAUCUAAUCAAACUAAACAGUGACAAAUAAUUAAAAAAUAAAACGACUAAUUAUGUAGUAUUUUUUGAGUUUUCCACCUCAAGAAUUUUUGGGUUAAUAUAAUAUUUAAAGAAACCUUAUUGUAAACAAGGUACAAUUUGCAACACAGAUAUCAGCCCGCAACAUCCAAUAUGGAAAUGUAAUCGAAAUUUAAGCUACACAUAUUAUCAUUAUUAUAAAUUAAGCUAAUAUUC